AUAAAACGUCGGAUUUUGACGCCGUCGAGACAACCUUCCUACGAUGGCGCCGCCACUCCGCCAGCUUCUCAUCUGCCUGUCGCUUCUCUUACUCAUCGUCCUUCCUCUGAACGCCCUUGUCAUUGAUCGGCCUUGCUGUAACGUCGAGCGGCAUGUUCCAGCCCGCUUCGGCCAUUUGUACCCGAAAGACGUGGUUCAACUCGAACUCGUAGUCGUGCGUCCUUUCGACGCGUGCGGCCUCAUCCGCAACGACCUCUCUGGAAAAGUUGCGCUCAUGGUGCGCGGGGACUGCAACUUCGCCCACAAAGUAUUGCAGGCUCAAACCGCCGGGGCCAAGGCCGUGGUGGUGAUGGACAACGAGCAUCGCAUGAACAACUCGUGGGUCGUAACCAUGGUGGGCGACCCUGGCAACGCAUCGCAGGUGGUCAUCCCGUCCGUGUUUGUCUCCCGGGCCAUCGGGUUGCGCCUCCUCGAAAGCAUCGACGCCAUGAACUUGGCCGACAUGUCUGUGCUGGUCACGUUGAAUUCCACAGGCCAGAUCCUCGUCAAGGCGAAGUCCAACGACAUCACGCAGCAAAACAUCAUCAUGAUUCUUGUGGGGUAACUACUUCCAUGGGCACUACACUUAUUGACCAGAUUGGUUGCUUUGGUAGGGUGAUCAUGGUGCUAGUGGCCCACUGGUUUCGCCUUGGCACGUAACUCUGUACAGUGGCUGACUCGUCUAGUAUUACUACUACUAUUUAAUGGAGAAACCAACAACAUACUAGUAAUACUUCAGUACUC